AUGAUGGAUCCAUGUUCAGUUGGAGUCCAGCUCCGUACCACAAAUGAGUGCCAUAAAACCUAUUAUACUCGUCAUACAGGUUUCAAGACUUUGCAAGAAUUGUCAUCAAAUGACAUGCUUCUACUUCAACUGAGAACUGGAAUGACACUUUCUGGAAACAAUACAAUUUGCUUCCAUCAUGCAACAAUUUACAUCGACAGAUUUGAGGAUUUGCAGAAGUCAUGUUGUGACCCAUUUAACAUACACAAAAAGCUAGCCCAAAAAAAUUUACAUGUAAUUGAUUUAGAUGAUGCCACUUUUCUGAGUGCAAAAUUUGGAAGGCAGCUUGUACCUGGUUGGAAGCUUUGUCCAAAAUGUACACAGAUAAUCCAUGGAAGUGUGGAUGUUGAUUCCGAAGACCGGCAGAGAAGAAAACCUGACUCAGAUGGAAGAACUGCUAAAGCUUUGAGGCCCUUGCACAUACCUUGUGCUUUGUUUCACAGACAAGUGAUCCUGGCAAAGAGUAAGGUCUACGAUAGCCAGGGCCUCCUGAUUUUCAGGGGAAUGGACCUCUGUGACUGCCUCGAUGAAGACUGCCUAGGCUGUUUCUAUGCCUGUCCUUCCUGCGGGUCUACCAAAUGUGGUGCGGAAUGUCGCUGUGAUCGAAAGUGGCUGUAUGAGCAAAUUGAAAUCGAAGGAGGAGAAAUAAUUCAUAACAAACAUGCUGGAUAA